AUGUUCCUCGGCCAGUUGAUCGCUCUCCUGAGCCUGUUCAGUGGGGCCCAGCUGCACACAGGCUCUGGGAGGCCUGGAUUCCUGGGUCCCCCAUCUCAGCUCUGGGCUGCCACCAAUCACACCCGGGCUCUGGGCCGAGGGACCCUAGGCUCCCAGGUACAAUCCUCUGCCCUCAGCAGCUGGAAGGCCUUCUUGGGUCUGCAGAAAACUGGGCGGCUGGGGAGAGGUAGCCUGCACCAUGGGCAGGAGGUGGCCCCCACCAUGUCUCUGCCAUUGAACCCGCAGGAAAUGGCCCAGGAGAUGUGCAAGGCUGUGCCAUACACUCAGGUGCUCUCCCAGCCCGGCUGCACGGCCGUUCACCUCCGCAAUCACCUCUGCUUUGGCUACUGCUCCUCCCUCUACGUUCCCAGCUCGGACCCCACCCCACUCGUCCUCUGCAACGGCUGCGUGCCCACUCGCAAGCGCCGGACACGUGUGGUCCUGUGGUGUCAGGCGAGCAGCCUAGCCUCCCGUCGACGGAUGAAGAUGUCUACUGUGCUGGUUGAAGGAUGUCAGUGCAGCCCGAGGGCAUGA